AUGUACAUCAUGUGUUUAAAAUUAUUACAUUUCAGGAAAUACUUGUAUUUAAUGUACUUCAAAAAUGUACAUCUUGUAUUAAUACAAAUUUAACACCAAUCAAUAAAUUAUGUGUUUGUCCAGACGGAUAUUAUGCUGAUACAUCAUUAAAUUGUCAACCUUGUAUUCAUCCUUACACAAAGUGUUAAACAAAUGGUAAUCAUUGUUUAGAAUGUGAAACUACUUUUGAAAUCAGUACUGCUACUCCAAAUACUUGUGUUUGUCCUAUUGAUAAAUAUUUAGAAUAAUUAAUAGUAUCAUAAUCUACUUUAGUAACUACUACACCUACUGAUGGUCAACCUUGUACAUAACCAUGUAAUACAUAUUUAGGAACAGCAGUUCAUUGUUUAACUUGUAUAGAUCCUAAUUAAACUAUUAAUGGAUCUAAUUAAUGUUAAUGUAAUAUUGUUUUUUUUAAAACUCCUUGCAUUGAAUGUUUAGGAAGUGCUAAUUACUGCACAAAAUGCAAAGAUAAAUACCAUUAUAUAAAUAAUGGACGGUGCAUUUGUAAUUCUGGUUAUGUAAACGAUAAUAACUAUAAUUUUAUUCCUUGUUAAGGUCCUUGUUUAACUUGUUCUGUAAAUGAUACUCAUUGUGAUAGUUGCGCAGAUCCUAAUCAUUAAAUUAAUGCAUCUUAUUAAUGCUUUUGUAAAGACACCUACUAUUCAGAUACUCCAAAUACAUGUACCUUAUGUUAGUUACCAUGUGCUUUAUGUGAUAUUAAUGGAUGUUUAACAUGUUUUGAUCCUAAUUAAAUCAUAAAUUCUUCUAAGAGUUGUAUUUGUAGAUCAGGAUAUUAUGAAAUAGAUUCAAAGUGUUUAAAAUGUGAAGGUCCAUGUUAAACUUGUGAAAUCAAUUAAAAUUAUUGUUUAAAAUUUAUUGAUAUUCAUUAAACUCAAAUUAAUAAUUAAUGUAUAUGCAAUGAUGGAUAUUUUGAAGUCAAUUAUAUUUGCUAAUAAUGCUAAUCUCCUUGUUAAAGAUGUCAAAAUACAAACGAUUAUUGUCUAUCAUGUUUAGAUUCAAGUCAUGAUUUAAUCAAUAAUAAAUGUGUAUGCAAAUUUAGAUAUGGAUUUUUAGGAAUUAAUACAUUAGAUUGUUCACUUUGUUAAUAUCUGUCUUGAUUGUUCAAGUACUGUAAACACUUGUCUAUCUUGGGUCGAUAAUAAUAUAUUCUAACUUUAAUAAGACAAAUGUGUUUGUAAAUAAGGCUAUUUUGAGUAGGGAACUGAUUGUCUUUAGUGUUCAUCAUAAUGUUUUACUUGUUUCGAAUAAUCUGAUAAAUGUUUAUCAUGCUCUGAUCCUAAUCAUAUUUUAUUGUAAAAUGAUUGUUAAUGUAAGCCAGGUUAUUAUACUGAUUAUUCUAAAUAAUGCUUAUAAUGUUAAAUUCCUUGUCUAACUUGUAAUAUUAAUUAAGAUUUUUGCACAUCUUGCUAAGACAGCUACUAACUUGUUGAAGGAUAAUGUAUAUGUGAAGAGGGAUAUUAUAUUCUCAAUUUUCAUUGUGAAUUAUGUAAUUAGAAUUGCAGUAAAUGUAAUUCAUAUUAUGUAUGUACUGAUUGUAUAGAUCAAUAUUACUUAUAUGAUACUUAAUGUUUAAAAUGUCAAAUCCCAUGUUUAUCAUGUUUUGAUGCUUAUACUUGUAAAACAUGUUCUGAUAAUUACAUAAUGGAUAAUUAAGGAAAAUGCAUUAAAUGUAUCUAAAAUUGUGAAAUUUGCAUUGAUUCAUUUUCUUGCAUCAAGUGUUUUGAUGAAUUCUAUUAUAAAAAUUAAGAAUGUAUCCCUUGUUCCGAUUAAUGCUUGACAUGUCUAAACACAAAUUAAUUUUGCACUUCAUGUAAAGAUUCUAAAAACAUUAUAAAUAAAAAAACAGGAACUUGUUAAUAAAUGAACAACUUUUGGAGUGAAUUUGAUUAUGAUACUUUAGAGGAAAUACUAUUACUCUAAGAUAUUAGAUGCAGUGAAAAUUAACUAUUGAUUGGUUAUUAAUGUAUUAAUUAAUGUGGCAAUGGAAUUCUUAAUGAAUAAUAUGAAUAAUGUGAUGAUGGAAAUCAUAUUGGAGGAGAUGGAUGUUCAUUUCUUUGUAUUCAAGAAGAUUCCUAUUAGUGCAUAAAUUAUGUAAGCUCUCCUAGUCAUUGUUCAUUUAUUAAAGCUCCAGAUUUCAGAUUAAAUGUUCUCACUAGUUAAUAAAAUCAAACUUAAAUUAUUGAAUUAACUUUUACCUAAAAAGUUAAAAUACUAACUAAUUUAAGUUUUGAAGAUUGGGCAAUUAUAUCUAUUAUCCCAUAAUCUAGAAGUAAUAUCAAUAUAGUGAAUAUAACAGGUCUAUCAACUGAAUUUGAAAAUUUAAAAAUAUUAGAUUAUUGUUGA